GUUCCUUGACGGAACGUCCGCGUGGCCGGCCACGAGCCCCACCUCCAGGAUCCGCGGAAAAGCUGGGACUUUCGAAUCGAGUCGGCCUAAGCCUUCCUGGCUUGGCUGCUAGCUUCCUGUGUGACCUUGGCGCCGCGAUAGGAACAGGUGAGCCCAGGUGGGCGCAGGUCUGAAGGAUCCGUGGGCCCGCAAGCUGCCGGCGAGGCUCCGGCAGAAAAGCGUUUUUUUCCCCCGCUGGAUCUGUGGUUCUCGGCCUGCCCUGGAUCAAAGAGUUCUCCGACAACCUGUGAGGAUGUAUUGGCGCCCGCAAAGAUGACCUGAGAAGGGUCAGGAGGACUGGAUUGCAAUUGCAGAAGCAACACCAAGUGAACCUUGAAAGAUGCAUAUGGGGCUGCACAAAGAGAAGAGAGAAACUGGAGAAACCAAUGAAGUAAGGAAAAAGUUUAACAGGGAAAACUUGCUUUCCACGAACAACUGAACAAGCUGCCCUCGGAAGCUUUUCUUUGGCCCUCAUGGUGCUGCUGGGCCCUGUGCUGUGAGGCCCCCGACGGGACCUGCUCUUGCCCGUGGAUCACCCGGCGUGGUCAUCGCCAUGGCCAGCAAGAGGAAGUCCACCACCCCAUGCAUGAUCCCCGUGAAGACCGUGGUGCUGCCGGACGCCAGUGCUGAGGCCCAGCCUGCGGAGGCCACACGGGAGGUGCCCCAGCAGGAGCUGCCCCCAGAAGUACCUGCCACCAGCAGUGAGGCCACCCAGAGCGCCAGCAGUACCGACGGCACCACGCUGGCCAAUGGGCACCGGAGCACCUUGGAUGGCUACUCAUAUACCUGUAAAUAUUGUGACUUCAGAUCCCAGGACAUAACCCAGUUUGUGGGACAUCUGAACUCAGAGCACACAGACUUUAAUAAAGACCCAACUUUUGUAUGCACUGAAUGCAGUUUUCUGGCAAAAACUCCUGAGGGGCUCUCUCUGCACAAUGCCAAGUGUCACUCGGGGGAAGCCAGCUUUGUGUGGCAUGUGGCCAAGCCAGACAAUCAUGUAGUCGUGGAGCAGAGCGUCCCUGAGAGCACCAGCCCUCCCGAUCCAUUGGGUGAGCCAAACGUGGAAGGGACUGAUGGACAGGCUGAAAUCAUCAUCACCAAAACUCCAAUCAUGAAGAUAAUGAAAGGUAAAGCUGAGGCCAAAAAAAUUCACACGCUCAAGGAGAACGUCCCCAAUCAGCCCACUGGUGAGGCCUUACCAAACCCUUCAGCGGGGGACACGGAGGUGAAAGAGGGGGACCAUGCCUUUGUCAAUGGGGCGGUCCCAGUCAGCCAGGCCUCUACCAGCUCUGCCAAACCCCCCCACGCGGCCAACGGGCCCCUGAUAGGAACGGUGCCAGUGUUGCCGGCAGGGAUUGCCCAGUUCCUCUCCCUCCAGCAGCCGCCCCCGGCCCAUGCCCAGCACCAUGCUCACCAGCCCCUGCCCACGGCCAAGUCCCUUCCCAAAGUGAUGAUCCCGCUGAGCAGCAUUCCCACAUACAAUGCAGCCAUGGACUCCAACAGCUUCCUGAAGAACUCUUUCCACAAGUUCCCCUAUCCAACCAAAGCCGAGCUCUGCUAUUUGACUGUGGUCACCAAGUACCCAGAAGAACAGCUCAAGAUCUGGUUCACUGCCCAGAGACUGAAACAAGGUAUCAGCUGGUCCCCAGAGGAGAUCGAGGAUGCCCGGAAAAAGAUGUUCAACACGGUCAUUCAGUCCGUCCCUCAGCCCACAAUCACUGUUCUCAACACCCCUCUGGUUGCCAGUGCUGGCAACGUCCAACAUCUCAUCCAGGCUGCUCUGCCGGGUCACGUCGUGGGACAGCCGGAGGGCACAGCCGGGGGACUUCUGGUCACUCAGCCACUGAUGGCCAACGGAUUGCAGGCACCCAGCUCGUCUCUUCCCUUGGCAGUCACAUCUGUCCCCAAGCCGCCCACUGUGGCACCCAUUAACACUGUGUGUUCAAAUACCACAUCGGCCGUGAAGGUGGUGAACGCGGCCCAGUCGCUCCUCACAGCAUGCCCCAGCAUUACCUCCCAAGCCUUCCUUGACGCCAGCAUCUACAAAAACAAGAAAUCUCACGAACAGCUGUCAGCUCUGAAAGGUAGCUUCUGUCGGAACCAGUUCCCAGGACAGAGUGAAGUUGAGCAUCUGACCAAAGUGACCGGCCUCAGCACGAGGGAGGUGCGGAAGUGGUUCAGUGACCGCAGGUACCACUGCCGGAACCUGAAGGGCUCCCGGGCCGGGCUGCCUGGAGAGCACAGCUCCAUCCUUGGGGACUCUGUGCCAGAGGUGCCCUUCCCCCCAUCAUCCAAGGCCCCGGAGGUGCCCUGCAUCCCCACAGCGGCUACCCUGGCCACCCCUCCUUCGGCCAAACGACAGUCCUGGCACCAGACCCCUGACUUCACACCAACCAAAUACAAAGAGCGAGCCCCUGAGCAGCUCAGAGCCCUGGAGAGCAGCUUUGCACAAAACCCCCUUCCUCUCGACGAGGAGCUGGACCGUCUGAGGACUGAGACCAAAAUGACCCGCAGGGAGAUUGAUGGCUGGUUUUCAGAGAGGCGGAAAAAAGUGAGCGCCGAGGAGGCCAAGAAGGUCGAGGAGGGUGCCUCCCAUGGGGAGGAGGAGGCUGCCGAGGACGAGGGGGAGGAGGGCUCGGCCGGUGACCUGAGGGUCCUGGGUGAGAACGGCUCCCCAGAAGUGCCCAGCAGCCACACACUGGCAGAACGCAAAGUCAGCCCCAUUAAAAUCAACCUCAAGAACCUGCGGGUCACAGAGGCCAACGGCAGGAGCGAGCUUCCGGGGCUGGGCAUCUGCGAGCCCGAGGACGAUGUGCCGAACAAGCUGGCAGAGCAGCCCCCGGGCAAGGUGAGCUACAAAAAGACGGCCCAGCAGCGGCACCUGCUGCGGCAGCUCUUCGUGCAGACGCAGUGGCCCAGCAACCAGGACUACGAGGCCAUCAUGGCCCAGACGGGCCUGCCGCGGCCCGAGGUGGUGCGCUGGUUCGGGGACAGCAGGUACGCCCUGAAGAACGGCCAGCUCAAGUGGUACGAAGACUAUAAGCGGGGCAACUUCCCCCCCGGGCUGCUGGUCAUCGCCCCAGGCAACCGGGAGCUACUGCAAGACUAUUACGUGACGCACAAGAUGCUGUUCGAGGAGGACCUGCAGAGCCUCUGCGACAAGACCCAGAUGAGUGCCCAGCAGGUCAAACAGUGGUUUGCGGAGAAAAUGGGUGAGGAGACCCGGGCUGUGGCCGACACGGGCAGCGAGGGCCAGGGCCCCGGUGAGCCUGCGGCAGUUCACAAAGGGACAGGCGACACCUAUUCGGAGGUGUCUGAGAACAGUGAGUCGUGGGAGCCCAGUGCCCCUGAGGCCAGCUCAGAGCCCUUUGACAUGCCGAGUCCUCAGGCUGGACCUCAGCUGGAAACAGACUGAAUGGGAAACAAUGGCUGUGAAGGACUGGCCCGUCUGGGAUGCCGCCUGCUGCGUGGAAGGGCCCGAUCCAACUCUGCUGCCAAAGGCCGCCCCCAAGCCCAGUUGCUGGGCUCACACAGGGCUUCCCGAGGCCUCCACGCAGCCCAAGCCCACCGCCGCCCUGGCCUGCCACCGCCCAGCCAGCGGGGAGAAGCGCCUGUCAGUUCUUCCGCCCACAACAUAGGACCUUUCCUUUGCCUUCCAGUGGAUAAAUAGUUCAGAGUUCAUAUUCAUAGACAGAAUCAAGUUUUUAUCAUAUAAAUCUGCCUACACACAUGUAAUAAAGCAUCAGAUGAUAAAUACUUUCAUUACAUAGAAACUCUGGUUAGCAAAGCAGUACCUUGUCUUUUACAUCAUCUCCGGAAACACCCUGUCUGUUCUCUGGAGCUCGCUGGCCGCGUGUUCCUGCACCUUCCUUGGUCGACUAGGGUUAUCACACACUCAGAACUACACCUGCAACCCCUGGGGCCCCCUUUGCCCUCCUCAAGGAAGGCAGCACCUUUGAAGAGAUGUCUGCUACCUUGAGCGGUGACCAGCAGCGUGUCACAGCAGGCUUGCCUUGCCUUUUGGGAUAAUCAGGGCAGAACCUGCUGUUACCCACAGUUUAAGAAAAUGGACCGAUCAUGUGAUUAGUAUUUGAUGCUUUCCACUCUCUUUAAGUUGUUAUAGUAUUUCUGCUUUAUCGUGGGAGUUUGAAUCAUGGACCAUAAUUCUCCAGUGAGCAGAUCAACUAAAGAAACAUUUGUUGUUAAGCCUAAUGUACUGACAUGCCACCUUUUUUUCCUUCAGUCUAGACGUGUUGAGGGUGAGAGGAAGAGACGAGAGAAACGGGUGGGAGAUGAACAUGGAAGCACAGCCUUGGGCUGUAGCUCUGUCCAUGGGUUUCAGAGCCCUCUGUCCACACUCACUGCAAAGCCACCUCUCGUUUGGGAAGGAGGACCCUGGCUCGCCCAGAGUGAGAGUGAGAGCUGGUGGGAUCCGGGGACUUCUCGGAGUUACCAGAGCCGGGGUGGCCCUCAGCACAAAGGCCUGUGUGUGGGGGUUCCUGGCAGAGCACCAGAGUACUCCUGACCCCUGUGCCCGGGGCCUGGCAGGCGAGCUGGACAUCGCUGGACAGGUCCUUGUGAGGAUGUGUUUGAAGUUCUAUGUUUAUAUCCCCAAACUGGAAACAAAAUCUCUGUCUACUUUGGCCUAACCCUCCUAUUCAUUUUUUUUAAUUGAGAAAAAUCACAAGAAAAGGUGCCUUUGAAACAUUGGGAAACUUGCUUACAAAGCUGUGCUAAAUGGUAAAUACCUUUCUCUCCCAAGACCAGCUGCUCCGAGAGCAGCAGGUGAAGAGUGGGGCUGGCAAAGGGCGCAUCACUUCCCAGAAACCACCUGCUGCCCAAAGCACCGAGGCCUCAGAGGCCUGCUGCUCCUGGGCCCUGGCUGGUUGGGCAGCACAAGGAGACCCCAGAGACAGGGCAGGAGCUCUGGGCAAGAAAUGCUGGCGGUGGGUUAGGCAUGGUCUUCCUCCCCCAGCCCACCCAGGUUCUGGACCAGGCCCCCCACAGGCUUGGCUCUGAGCACCUCCCACCACCAAGAGAGGCUUUCUUUGGAAACCAGAAGCCCUUGCACCCUCGUUCUUCUCAAGUGUCUUCACCUGCUCGCCCUGUCUCAUCAGGGACCACCUCUUCUAUGUUUCCAACAGGUGACUUGUGAGUCCUUGGCAAGUUGUGCAGCUUGUUUUUGUAUCCUUUCCGUUUUGGGUGUGAAGCUGUUGCCCCAAGGCCUCUGCAGAACUGCGAAGAAUGGCAAGUGAUUGCCUUUCUUCAGAGAACAGACACCUGCACUUUUCCUGUGGUGCUGGUGUACAUGCAGAUAAUUUAUAUAUACACACAUGUACAGUACAGAUCCUCAUUUGAUCCUUGUGAACUGUACACCUGACGUGCACACUGGAGGAACUUGGUGGCACGUGGGUGUUGGGGAAAGUAGCCUGUGAGGGGUGGCCGGGAUGCAGGGGGCAGCCAGGGCGGCCCUGCACGAAGCCAUCUCCAAUGUCUGAGAUGCUACUCUGAGUGCACUGGCUGAAGAGCUGUUUUUAGAGAGGAUUUUCUUCGUUAUUUUAUUUGUAUCCACAUGUCAUUUACAACCCAAACAGCAAGACAGAAAAAAUAAAUUACUUGGUGGACAAGUUAAUGCAGGACAGAGAGAGUGACCAGACCUCAACACCAGCUCAUCCUUGAAAGAUGGAGAAGUUACUGUGAUGCCCACCAGGCAGGUUUUCCUCCAAGAUGCUGGCCCUGCUCAACACCCAGGGCCACAUUUCUAAGUGGCAGGAUGCCCAGGUAAGGAGCCUAGCAGGCCAGAUAGACCCUCCUCCUUCCUAUGCUCUCGGACGUGAGUAAGUGGGGUUCAAGCCUUAUGCUUGAAUGAGUGAAGUGAUCACAAGUGAUGGAGACAGACGGGUUGUCGAGUAGGUGCCUAAGGGACAUUGCGGCAGGUACCCAGGGCUCUGGGAGCAAAGCCAU